CUGUUCCAGUUUAAUGUUUGCGUCCAUCCAUGAUGUGUGUGAAUGUGAAUUGAGAUUGAGAUGUCUGCUAGAAAAUGUAUUGACAAUAUAAAAUAUAAAUUAAUUUAUUUGAAAGUAGCAUAAUCAAAAGUACAACUUUGGAAUAUCUGUGUAUUUCAUGAUAUUAGUGCUAUAAUUCUGUAAAAGUUCUCGCACAAACAUGGAAAUAUCUGGGACCAAGAUUCACGAUGAUAUGAAUAAUAUUCCUUUAGCGGAUGACGAUCCACAAGCCGUAAUCUCAGAAGAUGGAGAUAUGACAGAGGCUUCUGAUCCCAUGUUGAGAGGUCGCAGUCUCGAUUCUAUUCCAUCCACAUUCACAAAUGGAAGUAGCAGUCCAGGACCCAACAGUUUGGAUCCAGAUAUGAGUCCUGAUGAGCAAGAAGAGAAAGCUCGUUUGAUAUCUCAAGUAUUGGAACUUCAAAAUACUUUGGACGAUCUCUCUCAGAGGGUGGACAGUGUAAAAGAGGAAAACCUGAAACUUCGCUCAGAAAAUCAAGUUUUAGGGCAGUACAUUGAAAACUUGAUGUCGGCAUCGAGUGUAUUCCAGUCUACUUCACCUAAAACAAAGAAGAAGUAAUCUUUUCUAGCGUUAGUUACAGUUUUAAUAUUAAUUGAUGAUACUAUGGAAGUUUACAAUUUAUCAGGUUCAUUUUAAUUUUAUUAUAUUGCACGUUAUGCCAUAACACGAUGAAUCUGAUUGAUUGUAAACCGGGACAUUGAUUCAUAGAUCGUUUAUGGAAUGUGAAAUUCCAGUUAUUAAUGUGCGCAGAGAUCUGUUUAUUCGCUUAUUAAAAUAUAACUAUAUAAUUAGUAUAAUAUUAUUUAACUUGACGUAUUACUAUACUCGGAAUCAAAUGCAUUUUUAAAUGUUUUCCGAUGAAACAGCAUCGAGCUUUAUUCAAGAUCUAGUGUAUGUGUUGAGUGCUAGCUGUUCUAACUACUUUAGAAUUUAAUGCUAGUCUACAAUAAUUAUAAUACCGAAAUCAGGUUUUCUUCUAUGAAAACUGAGGCUUAAUGUGAUGAUAUCGACUUCAAGUCUCAUUUAUUAUUAAUGGUUGCACGUGUGAAAUGCAAGUUGUUCAAAUGAUUGGAAUUUAUAUCGAUAUUAAUUUUUUUAAGUGAGUUAUGUAAUAGUUUAACUCAAAAAUGUGUUUAAUUUAUUUAAAAUAAAUUAGUAAUAUUUCCAUUUCAUUAUAUAGCGUAGUGUACACUAUUGUGCAUAAGAAAUAUCCGCAUAUUAUAUAUAAUUUAUAAUUCUUUAUUUAAUGUAAGUAUUGAACUACAAUGUAAAUUAUAAUUAUUGUAUUUAUUUUGUAUCAGCAGAACAUCACUAUACUCACUACUAUUAUUUCAAACUCUAGCAAGCUAGCAAGUAUAAGAAAGCAAAUAUCAAGAGACAGAAGAAAGUGCCAUGCCCAUUCCACCUAACACAUAACAUUCUUACAAUACUCCUAGCGUAAAUUAACACUCCACUGUAUGUUUUUAUAAAUAAUGAUGAUUGAUCAGUAAUAAAAAAAUCAUGUUGUGGGUUAUCAAGAAACACAUUUGCGUUUCCAAUACGCACAUUACAAGAAACGUACUUAGUACAUCUUUUUAUUCUUGCCAAACUUUGAUAAACUAUUUAUAGAGUAAAGAAUUUGAUCUUUAUUUUUGAUGCAGCUUUUCAGAUCAUUACAGUUACACUUAUUUUUAUUUUAGUUAUAAAUAAUUUGACCUCUUUUAGACUCAGGGGAUUUUCUAUGGGAUAACUGGAUUUCCUCAGGGGUUGCGUUACCUUAUCUAAAUUUUUAAUCUGUGCCGGUACCAAAAACGUUUCAUAUUAUUUUUUUGUAUUAAAUUAAUUGAAUAUAAUUUUGAUCCAUGUCUAUUUAUAUUAUAAUGUGAAUGACUGUGCUGAGAACUAAAAUUAUUAAAAUACUAAUAAGACUAUCUAGUAUUAGUCUUAGUAUUCUAGUAUUAUUCUAAUAAUAAGAAUACUAAGAUUCCCUAUUAAAUAAUAUUUGGCUGUUUUUCUAAUUUCACCCAAAGAAAAUUCAAAAUGUAAAUUAAUCUAGUUCGUCUAUUUAGAAUGUAUCAAUUGGUAUCUUCAAUGUAUAAUUAUGUUUUAUUACUGUCAAAAUGCAUUCUGUGAACUUUUUAAUAGUAAUUUAUCAAAGCAUUUUUAACAACGAAUUAUUUUAUUUAAAAACAUUAUAUUAUUACUUAUUUGAUCUGUACUCAAAUUGUCUUUUGUACAAACAUAAAUAAAAUUAUUAUUCCUGUCUUAGCUAAAUUGAUUUUCAUUAAUCUAAUAUUUUUCUUAUCCUAUAAAAUUAUCACAGCUUUGAGCUUUUACAUCUGAAUUGAAAUAAGUUACUUAAACAACUUUCCGUUGUCAUGGAGUUUCAAUAUUAUAAUAAUUCACAUUUAAAAUUUUCAAAUUUACAAUCACGUUCAGGACUUUGUUUAAAAUUUCUUGUAAACAUUAUUUUUUAUCUCCAAAAUUUUAUUCACAAAAGAAUAUGGAACAAAACAAGAGUAAUUCUCAAACAAAUUUAAAAAUUGAGAAUGUGGAAUCGAUAACAACGCUACAAGAAGAAUGUUCAGGUGACAUAUCUAUUCAGUUGAAAAAUGAACCUCACAAAGAAAAAUCACAAAUAGAUGACGUUUCUCCUGUAAUAAAAGAUCAAAAAUUGUUAAAUUUUAUUGGAAAAACUUCCAAACUUAGUGAAAAUUCUCCAUCAAAAUCAGAGCAAAAUUUAGGAGAUGAAGUAUGCUCUAAAACAGUAUAUACAGUAUUUCUAGAUGAAGAAUCGCUUUCAUCAUUAGCUAGUGGAAGUCGAAUUGUUUGUAAGUGUGUCCAAGGAAAAAUCGAAUCAAAAAAAGGCAAAAAGCAACUGAUUCUAAAUGAACUAGAUGCAACUUCUACUAGUUCUGAUUCCAUUCAAGAAAAAAUUGAAUUGAGACCGGUAUCCAGAAAUAGCUCAAGAAAACGUAGAAAUGACGAGACUCUGGAUAUGUCAUCCCAUAUUGAAACGCCUAGUAUUUUGGAGUAUUUUCAAGAUGAAGUUAUAGAAAAAUCAGAGUUGAGGAAAAAAUCCGGAAAGCGCAGAAGAUGCGACAUUCUAGUAGAUGAUGCCUUGAAUUGGUUAACUGGGCUGCGCUCAUGUAAAUCUAGAGAAAAACCACAGAGAAAAUUGCAAUUAAAGAAACGUACACCACAAAAUCCACCCAACAAUGAAUUUACACCUGAAAAUCCAUCGAGCAAUGAAUUUGAAUAUUGAAUAAUCUGAUUAUUUGUCCAAAUUGUGAUUCCGUAUUUUGGUUUUUGUACGUAAAAUUAAUUGAAAGAAAAAUAAACUUUUUGACGUCAUUAAAUUUUUUCUCAUGAAA